AUGAUAACAUUGUAUGAUCAAAAUGGUACAAAAUCAUUUGAUAAAAAUCAUAAUGAUGCAUUUAAAAUUCUACAAAAUAUGACUUUGGAUGAACAUAAUUGUCAUUAUUGUAUUCUCAAUCAUACGACUUAUGAUGACAUUAAAAAAAUUCUUCAAGUACAUGAUAGUACUGUUCAUCGAGAUACGACACUGUUUCGUUUACGUUUAAUAUUACACAUUUUCGGAACAUUCAAUGUUCUUUUAGUAUUCGUUGUGUAUGGUGGUCCUCCAAUUAUUAAUUCAUUAACAUGUAUAAGUGCUUUAUGCCUUUUAAUUGCUCCAUUUAUUGAAAAAAUUUAUUUAAUGGUUUAUCUCGAAAGUUCUGUGGUAUUAGUUGCAACUGUAUGGACAACUCAAUCAUCUUAUGUUAUUAUUAUCGCAAUGUUUGUAGUAAACACAAACAUUUUUAAAAAAGCUGAAUAG